UUGGAUGCCCCCAGCGCUAAAUUAGCUGCGGUGCAGCGGACCACCGCAGCCCUGCCUGCCUGCCCCCCAUCAAAGCAGAUGCCGGGGGAAUAAAAGGGGAAAAGAGAAGGCAGCGGCGGAAUUUUUCUUUUCCUUCCCUCGAGCACAACUGCACAAGCUCUCCGCGUUAAGCCCACAUCGCCGGCUUCGCGAUGGCCGCCGCCGACUACGACCGCCCGUACCGCCCCUACGCGCCCCACGCCGCCGACUACGACCGCCCCUACCGCAACGAGAUCGUGCCCUACGGCGACCGCCGCAUCGACCUCGUCGUCAAGCCGCCCCCCUCCAGGUCCCCGCCGCCGCCGCUGCCGGUAACCAAGAGCGGCGGCGGAGGCGGCCUGGGGUCGGCCUGGUGCUUCAGCGACCCGGAGGUGAAGAGGCGGCGGCGGGUGGCGAGCUACAAGGCCUACUCGGUGGAGGGGAAGGUCAAGGCCUCCUUCCGCAGGGGAUUCCGCUGGAUCAAGGACAAGUGCACCGGGUUAAUCCAUGGCUGAGUCCGUGAUCUUGCGUGAGUUCUGUUAGGACGGAAGACGCUGGAACUAUGUGGGAGGAACGAGUGUUGGGUGCCUUUGCUAAUCUGCCCCAAAAAUUUGAAGGAUCAAUUUGUCCAUGAGGUUGUGAGGGUAACUUUUGAGUCAUCAGACAUAUAAACAAAAAGUAGGAGCUUCUCAUGAGAUUGCUUUGCUUGCAGAUGCCUUGUUUACUGUCUGCUAAUUAGCCUAGUCAUUUCAAGAAUGUUUCAACUGGAGUUGAAUACCUCGAACGGGACUUAUUAAUUUGCAUGAAUGAUAUCGCUAUACAUCCUGCAUUGUUGUUUAUUUCAAUGUGUCACGCUGUUAGGAUUUGUAUGGACAGACUUGUUGGAGACUUGACGAACUGGAUCUACUAGAGGAAAAUAAAACCAUUUAAUUUGUGUUCCCA